AAGCCCUUCACUUUGGGCUACGUGGAAACUCGCUGAAGCACCCCAAUCAGUGGCAGACAGGUGUACACACGAGCCAGCUUGUUUCUAGAAUUAGAGUGCCACGAGUGCCACCGUUUUCAUGCCUCACGUGCUUGUCGACCUGCAGUUAAAACCUCAAUCAAAUCACGUGCUAGCACGUCUCCUGUUUGCACCUCCCUAGGUAGACAGCAUCAACGAACUAACUAUAUAAUUGACGGCCUCGCCCUCUCCUCCGCCCCAAACGGCCACACCUUCAAUUACCGAAGCGCAACCGUCCACGGCACCUGCCACCGCGUGCGUGCGCGCCCGGCCAAGCAGCGCAUCAUGCACGAAGUCACGAACCACAUCGUGCACAACCGGUGGGAGGACGUUAACCCCAUCGCCUCUUUCCAAGUCUCCCUCGUCUUCGUCAUCCGCGUCGAGAUCGACAAGCUGAGUCUGAAGUUUCGUGAAGGACCGCCGGGGAUCCAGCCACGGGAUGUGGAGAAAGACGGGCCGGAUAGGGAGGGGGACGUGUGGACGGGCAUCGUGCCGCUGUAUGAGCACCUGGGGGAGCCGGUGGAGAGCGGGUUGACGCCUGGGGUUGCGGUGCCUGAAGGUUUGAAGAGGUUUAUUGGGGAGAGGAAUCAGCGACAGAGCGAGCAUGCGGUGGAGGUUGCGAAAUGAACAUAUGAUACAGUGCCUUGUCAUAGAUAUCUUUACACUUUCCUGCGAUGGUCUGUGGGGCUCUAACGUACUAAUAGAAGUCGGG